UAAGCAAUAAAGUUGCGGGGAAAAAACAGGAAGCUGAUCGGGAUGACUAAGAUGGCGGAGGAGCAGCAGGAAUCAUCACAGGGGGAGAUCGAGGGGGUGAACUGCCUCGCAUAUGACGAGGCCAUAAUUGCACAGCAAGACAGAAUACAACAAGAGAUAGCCAACAGUAACCCAUUAGUGUCUGAAAGAAAGGAGCUCACGGUGCUGCAGAGAGAGUACUCGGAGGAAGACACUGUUUAUCAGCUCAAGAUUAAGGACUUGCACAAAAAAUAUUCAUACAUCCGUAAGACACGGCCAGACGGCAAUUGUUUCUACAGAGCUUUUGGCUUUGCGCAUCUGGAGUCUCUUCUCGAUGACAGCAAAGAACUGCAGAAGUUCAAGGAAGUGGCAGCAAAAAGCAAACUAGACCUGGUUAACGAGGGGUUCACUGAGUUCACCAUUGAGGACUUCCACCACACUUUCAUGGACCUGAUUGAGCUGUGCGAAAAGCAACCGAGCCUGAAGGAGCUGCUGAGAUCUUUCAAUGACCAGAAUGUGUCGGACUACGUGGUCGUGUAUUUGCGGCUGCUCACCUCAGGCUACCUGCAGCGAGAGCAUAGUUUCUUUCAGCAUUUCAUCGAAGGUGGAUGCUCCGUCAAGGAGUUCUGUCAGCAGGAGGUGGAGCCAAUGUCUAAAGAAAGCGACCACAUUCACAUCAUCGCCUUAGCCCAGGCCUUGAACUUAUCCAUCCUUGUGGAGUACAUGGAUCGAGGAGAGGGUGGAACCGUCAAUCAUCACGUCUUUCCGGAAGGCGGCGACCCACGCAUCUUUCUCCUCUAUAGACCAGGCCAUUAUGACAUCUUGUACAAAUAGCGCUCCCGUCUUUCCCCCUUGUCAAUAUCCACGGCAGUCUAACCCACUAGAGAUGAAACGGUAUAUCCCCCCAACUAUGCCCAAACAUGAAAUAAAGUGUGUGCGACUGAUACAUCAUCUGUACAUUCUCCAUCUAUUCCCUGAAUAGUGAGCGCUACUUUUUUUCAAAGUAAUUUCAUUCGUUUUAGUACUGAAAUCACUGGGAUAACCUUUGAUGCAAAAAUAUUUUCGACUAUACUUCUACCGAUAAAAGCAAUAACCUCUCAAAUGGGACGUUGUGGCCCGCCACAGCUUGGCAAAGUGUGGCCCUACAACUAAUGGGGGGAAAUCCUUGGGUAUACGAUUUAUUGAUGAAGCGGGGGGAAAAGUGUUUACUGUUAGAACGUGCUUAGCAUCAGAGAGACUGCAACCAAAUGCCUUUAGCCAACUGCACAACAAAACAACUGAAACACCCAAAGAUGCUUUACAGAAACACAAAGGAUGCAGAUAUUUUUGUGCCUACAAACAAGACUAAAGUCAAAGAAAAAUUAACAAUUGCAUGAAAAUACUGACCACCGUGAUAAUUCGGGUCACAAUAGUCAUCAAUAUAGCAUAAGAACUGCUCAUACCGUUUCAUCUCUAGCAGCCACACAGUUAAAGCAUAACGACAGUGGUCUGAAACCAAAUCAAAAUGAUACAACACACCCAGUCCAUGAGUCCCCUCAAAACGACCCCUGUAAAAUCAUCACAAAAUAUCUAAUGAAUUCAUGACAGACAAAAAUAGAUUAAGUGAGACUCCAGGCAUUUUAGAGUUGUACAGGUUUCUUUUGUGGUUGUAAAUGUUAUCUACUUGCUUUGUUGGGUUCUUUUCCUUUGUUACACUGCGUUUCAUUGAGUUUUAUUAAAGGGAUUUACAUCUUA